AUGAGCAAUUCAUCUGCCCUUAAUGGACGGACUGCUAUUGCUCGGAUGUCGAAAUCGAAGUUUCGGACAGUCACAACUGUACUCCAGCUGGAAUCAGGAGAUGUGAUCCGUGCUAAAGACCGUGAAGCACUGGCACGGGUAAUGGCCAAAAGAAGAGAGAGUCGUGCUUCAACGGGUGGUCAAGGAGAAGAGUCCACAAGUCAGGUCGGCACGGGGAUAGAAGAGAUGCCUCGCGAUCACUCAAAAUACGUGGAGAAAGCAGACGCAGCCUCACUUUAUAAGACGUUGCUAGCUGGGGAGGAUUCGUCACAAUCAGUCAAGAUCACGCGCAGGGCUAGUGCCACGAACGCCAAUGAGGCUGCUACUGAGCACGCCAUACCGGACAUCCGACAGAUCCAAUCGGAAGGCAUCAACGAUCCGUCAACAGAUAUCAAGAAGGGAGACAAUCAAGCUGUGGAACCAUAUGCUGCUCUUACCCUAUCAGACAUUGAUCGCAGUGAGAACCCCCGGCUGCCGUCGACACAGGAGUGA